AUGGAUCGCAAAGAUCAGUAUUGUGGCCCUACAUACUAUGGCCCAGGGAUGUGUGAGGUAGAUAUGAAUGUUGAAGAUCAGCAAGGUGUAGCAGUGGAAGCCGAAAGGGAAGGAGCAGCCGGAAGUGGCCACGUUGGUGAAGAUGUAGGCUUCUUCGACAACAAGAAGCACGAGGGUGGCAUGAUCCAAGAAGGCGAAGUAGGCGUCAUCCGCCAUGGCGGUAGCCUGGAGCCCCAGCAACAGGCGCAAUCUGUGGAGAGGGAAGAAUUGGCUCCAGUGGUUCCGCUGCCUCCGCGCAGGCGUCCUCGAAUCCAAUACAAGUUCUCACAAUGGCAGGUGCAGGAACUGGAGAGUGUUUUCCAAGUUACUCAAUAUCCUGAUGUGGUCAGCAGAAGGGAGCUGGCAAGACGUAUUUAUGUGGCUGAAACCAAAGUGCAGACUUGGUUUAAGUAUAGGAGAGCCAAGCAUAGGAAAACUCUGAGGGAAACCUCCCUGAGAAAUGCACCUCAUCCUACCCAGGACGAUGAUGAUGCCAUGAUGAAGGGGCCCUAG